AAUAAUGCCUCUGUUGCUGUGCGGUUACACAUGAGUCUGUAAACAUGUGUAAGUCUGUCACAAUGAGUUGCAGUGUGCCAGAUAAUUAGUGCUAGCUCAGUAACAGCGGUUUGCUGUCCUACUGCCUGGAUACGAGAAUCAGCACUAAGAUGAGAUCAAUGGGAGAUGGCGCUGCGUGCUUGUGGCUUCAUAGUGUUUCGGCUCGCCAGUUGUGUCCCUCCACCAGACAACAUCGAGUAUCUCCUCUUGCAGACCUCAUAUGGAGAACACCACUGGACCCCACCCAAAGGCCAUGUGGACCCAGGUGAGGAUGACCUCACCACAGCUCUCAGGGAGACCAAGGAGGAGGCAGGACUUGGAGCAGAGCACCUAAGGGUGAUAGAUGACUUUGUGCAGGAGCUGCGCUAUGAAGUGCGAGGGAAACCCAAAGAGGUUCUCUACUGGCUGGCCGAGCUGACGGACCCAGGGACAGCGGUGACUUUAUCAGACGAGCACCAGGACUAUCGCUGGGCCCGGCUGGAAGAGGCCUGCACUCUGGCAGGUUACAAAGACCUGCAGAACACACUGAGGGCAGCACACACACACCUGGAGGCUCAGCAGAACAAACAGUGAUGAACCACAGUGAAGACUGUGCAAAGGGAUGAUGGAACUAGGGUCUCUCCUGUAUUGUAUAAACUCAGCCUGAAAGUUAGGGCUUCAGUUUGCUAGUUUGAUCCUAGCCACUACACAAAAACAUGAGUGCCUGUGUCUCUGGAUCAACAAAACUGUAAUUGAUUAGACUGAUUUCAAUAAUUAAAUAUUCUUAUAGUAAUAAUGUAAAAAAAACAACACAAAAUAACUAAAUAAAGGAGAUGGACGCCCUCUCAUCACGUGAGCCAGUGGAACUUGGUGGAAUUGUUAUGAAGGGGAUAGUUUUAAGAUCUUUCACUGAUUGUAUCAGCUGUUGCUAGAAUCAAGUGUAUUCCAAAUAAAUCUAAUAGAUUUUGUUUA